GUACUAGUCCUGCUUCGCGCCAGCUGGGUCCUCGCAAAAUGUCUGGAUUAUCUGCACUUAGUGACAGUCGUCGAUCUUCCAUUUCGGAAAAAUCACUCGGACUUUCCGUUGCUUCACAUUCUGACGUGUCGAAACUUGCUGAAUCUCCCAAAUCAACCGCCGCACCUAAACCCGAAGUGUCCGCACAGUCUGUUUCCCCGGCGUCCACUGCAAAAGUCCCUGUGACAUCUGCUACGUCAACCGGGACAGCUUCGCAUGCAGAAUCUUCCGCCAAGCUUCCUCCUGCCAGCACCACCCAUAAACCCCGCGAAUCCAGCCCACCUCGUUUCACGCUCGGUGGCGGUAAUGGUACGCACUCCCCGGACACCGAGUUGGAACUGGUCAACUUACGCGCGGAAGUCAAGUUACUGACAGAACAAGUGGAGGCGUUGCGAACGAAACGCGAGGAAGAUCGACAACGUUUACAAGAGCUAGAACGCCUCAAGAUUCAACUAGAACAAUUGGAAAAGAAUCGGACUUUGAUGCGCGAGCAGGCUGCCGAAUUGCAACGUCAGUUGGCACAAUCAAAAACGGAGAAGGCCGAAAUUCAAGAAGCGUUUGAUCGGUACCGUGAAGAAAUGUCCGACCUUGUUGAAAACAUGGAGAUGGCUACACUUGACAAGGAGAUGGCCGAAGAGAAACUGGACACAUUGACAAGCGAGUUGGAAUUGCUCAAAGAGCAAGUUGAGGAGUUGACCUUGGAGAACCAAAUACUCAAAGAGGAGCACACAGACGCCUCUGCAACCACGGAAGGUGGUCCGACGCCGCAGCAAUUGAAGAAUCUGGAACAACAAAAUGAGCGCAUGAAGCAAGUGCUUAUCAAGCUGCGCGAUUUGAGCAAUCAGGACAAACAAGAGAUCACGCGAAUGACGAAAGAAAUCGCUUCUCUUGAGUCCGAGGUGGGUCAGUUAACAACCGAGAAGGAUCGCCUUGCUUCCGAGCUGAAGCAUUCACUCGAGCAAACGAUCGAGCUGAAAGAGCAAGUCGACGCAGCUCUCGGUGCGGAUCAGAUGGUCAGCCAGUUAACUCAACGUAAUCUGGAGCUGGAGGAACAAUUGGAAAAGCUCACGGAGGAGCGUAACGAUCUGGAGGCACUGUGUGAAAUGAACGAUGAAUUACAAGAAAACAGUCGUGACACAGAACGCGAACUGCGCGAGGAGAUUGAACAAGGCCGCGCGCAGAUCGGCCAACUCGUCCGUCAUCUGGAUGCGCUGCGAGAGACAAAUGCGGAUUAUGAGAAAACACUGGGCAAGUUUCGUGAUCUCGUCACCGAAUUGCAGGCACAGAAUGCCGAUUUAUGUCGAUCAUUGGCCGAUGGAAAGCGCCAAAAGGAGGAACUGCAGCAGAGUGCUUUGCGCGCCAUACAAUCCACCGGCGUUAUGUCUCAGGCCCCAUUGUCUGUUGGCUUCGGACUAGCCUCGCAGUCGCAGACAUUAGCGAAGAUGCUUGAGAUGGAAUUGCGCCGAAUUGAAGUCGAUCAGUGUAACGCUCAUGUGAACCGACUCACCGCUUUUCUACCCGAUUCUUUUACGAGACGUGGAGGGGAUAAUGACGCACUACUUGCAUUGCUUCUCAUCGACCGUUUGGCCGCCAAGACGGAUCACUUGGCCAGUCAUUUGUCCGAGCGAUAUCCUUUACCAUCCUGUAUCCCUGGACAAGCAAGACCUCAGCCUGCGUUAUCGACUGUCACCCAGCCUCCGGAAGCCACACCUAUGGAGCAAUCCAGUGAUGUGGGCGACAUCCGCCUUCCAGGAUCUGGUCAACCUUUGCCCCCGAUGACGAAAAACAAAGCGGAGUUUUACAGCAUGAUCACAUACUUGGUAUUCAUGCUACGUUGCUGGUCUUCACUUCUGACAUACUACAAACAGGUGAUGUCUACAUGUAGUGUCGAGCUCUAUUUGAAAAUUGGUUCUUUGUACUCGGAGAUGGCUGCGCACGAAAUAACGAUUGAUCGUCUGCUGGAUCUGGCCGGAAAAGAUCAGUUGGAUGAGAACACUUCUUUGGAACCACUUUCCGCAUCACUGGACUAUUUCAUCCAGCUACGCUCGGUGCACAUGACAGCAGAACCAACGCGGGAUUGCUCGAGCAAGUUGCUAAGUUUCGUUCAGUGCGUACUCGCUUCCGUUGAUGCACUGUCCACUGAUGCUGCUGCGCUGAUGAUCCUCACAGGACAAUCACUAGAACCUCUGGAACAGACAGCCACAGCGGCUGCAACUUCGGUCGGUGGUCCCGUCGGUCUCACCGUGCAUCCAAGCGAGGAAUCGACACCAGUGCAGACGGUCGGUGGUUUGGUUGGCCUGUUGGCCGAUGUUGUGUCCUUCUCCACCGUUACACGCAUCGCUACUCGCCGUAUUCGUCGUCGAAUACCAAAAGAUAGCAACACGCAGCCACUGUCUUUCGGUCCCGAAGUCGCUGUCAAUUUAGACCAAGCACUAUCCUUAUUGACCAGCAUGGCGACCGCACUCCGCGAAACUACUCGCAAAGCAGGUUCUUUGGCGGCUCAACAGGAUGAAUCUUCGUAUUUGAAAUCAACUACGGUGUUCAAGGACUGUCUCGGUGAGGCUUGCAAGGAAAACUGGACUGGCAGCGGCGCCACCGGUCUCAUUCAGCCUGACGCAUACAUCCGAACGAGUCUUGAGAAAGUGCGACAUUUAAUCACUCAAGUCUCUGUGGCUAUGGAGAACGGAGAAUACGACUUUGAUGGGACCAAGCCACCAAAACCCCAUGAGCCUUAUGCUUUACGUGCGGCCGCUCACAAGCAAGCUCAAGUCGAUUUGGAAGGCUGUCGUGUGAAACUCGAAGGUAAAGAAGAAGAGCUACGCGAACUGCAGCUGUCUCUCAAGACUAAGGUUAGCGAACUCAGCGAGAUGUCCGUUCGGGUGAGUUUGGCAGAAAAACGUCUGGAAAACGCCGGAAAAGGAAGUGAGGAGAAAGUGAGUCGUCUGGAACAGCGAUUGGAACAACUGGAAGCGCAACAAAAGCGCAAAGAUAGCGAACACGAACAUGCCAUCGAUGCUUUGCAAUCGGACAUCGAAGUACUGGAGCAGGAGAAAGCUGAACUGAGAGAAAAACUGAAGUCGUUGAGCAAGAAGGCACUUUUCGAAGGGCUGAUCAAGGCUCCUGUUGCUACGGCCACCUCACCGACUCGGCAGCCACCUUCUCCGGGUCACACUGUCGGGACCCCACCAACCCCAGGGACGGCAUCUGCCAGAGCUGCUUCAAGAGACUCAGCCUUCCUUGCUUUGGAGAUCGAUGCCUUGCGGGAAGCUGUUCGUCAGCUGUCAGCAGACAAUUCGAAGUUACGCGGCGAGAAAAUCCUGUUUCAAAUGCAGAGCUUGAAACCGCUGAAGCGGUCUAUGCGUCGUGUUCCACCUGUUGAAGUUGCACAUGGAGAUGCGGCCACAGCGGAUUCGGUUGGAGCCAAGACUCGUUUGACAAAAAAGCACACUUUAGCCGAUGUUGAUCGCCAAAUUGCACAGCUGCAGACCCAGAUAUACGCAGCACUGGCUCGCCCCAAGGUGGUGUUAUUACCACAGGUGGAGCAGAAACCAGCGCCCAUGCCGCCCUGUGCUGCCGGUGACGGUUCUGUGCCUGCCGCGAUUGUGCGCCCCAUGCCCAGCGCCACUAGUCAAUGGCUUCAGCAGGUUUCCCACAUCGCCAACUUGCAUGCAGAUUUGGAGCGGUUCCAAAAAUUGUCGAAGGAGAUGAUCGCAGAACAAUUCCCGCACGCAAUGAUCUCCUCCGAUUUCGCCAGAUUUCCAUCCGCGUGGUUGCGGCAAAUACUAGCGCCUCAACAGCAGCCGAUGGAGAGCGAUCGUCUGGUGUCACGUUUGGUCUUCCCUGGUGCCUCGGACCAGGCUACACCUUCACGCCUGGUUCUAUCGUCGACACAACUUCGAGCUUUACAAGCUCACUUGUUGUCAUUCGGUUGAAGGAGCAUUCCACUUGGAACUAGUUUUACUUCAUCUUUAAAGCGUUUGUGAUGCGAAUAACGUACUAUGGUGCACGGUCACACCAAGGGGUAUCUGUUUUUCUCCAGAGACGGUCACUGCUCCGUGUAACUUUGUUGUUCUCACUAUUCACGCAUUCAGUUUUGACAUCUAUACCCGGUUCCUGGUUGCCAUUUUACUACCUGGCUGUGGAUAUUUCGCCCAUUAUAUAAGUGGUUGUGCAAUC